AUGGCCGAAGACGCGUAUUGCACGCUCGUUAUGAGCGAUUCCUACCUGCCCGGUGCCUCCGUACUCGCCCAUUCUCUACGAGAUGCCGGUACGACGAAAAAGCUCGCCGCUCUCAUCACCCUCGACACGCUGUCUGCCGACACCAUCACAGAGCUCAAGGAACUCUACGACCACCUGAUACCUGUCCAGCGCAUUGGGAACCCGCACCCUGGUAACCUAUAUCUCAUGGACCGAGGCGAUCUCGCAUACACCUUCACAAAGAUAGCUCUCUGGAAACAGAUACAAUUCCGCAAAAUCGUAUAUAUCGAUGCAGAUGUUGUCGCCCUUCGGGCACCAGACGAGCUUUUCGCCAUCGAAGCCCCCUUUGCUGCUGCUCCGGAUGUGGGUUGGCCAGAUGCUUUCAACAGUGGCGUGAUGGUUCUCAGUCCAAACAUGGGGGACUUUUGGGCACUCCAGACUCUAGCGUCGAGCGGCGAUAGCUUUGAUGGAGCAGACCAGGGUCUACUCAACCAGUACUACGAGCACAGGAAUUGGCACAGGAUCAGCUUUGCAUACAACUGCACGCCCAAUGCACAGUAUCAGUGGGAGCCAGCGUACAAGUACUACAAAAGCAACAUCAGCAUGGUGCAUUUCAUUGGCCGGAACAAGCCGUGGAGCAGAGACAACAGGCCUAGCGGUGGUGCAGGAGUCUACAACGAGUUGCUGGCGAAAUGGUGGGCCGUCUAUGAUAGGCACCUCAAGGCCAAGGUAAGGCAGUGCUACGGAGCUCUACAACACGUGGAAAGUAAGCCUGGGAGGGCUAGCCAUGGCACGGGAAUACCGCACAUGACAACAUCCACAACAACUGAAACCCCUUUGACCGAUCCAGCCGAGCCUGCACAGAACACUGGCCAAGACAUUGCUAAGACGGCGCCAAUGACGCCCACAAGGAAGUUCUCUGCCCCACAAAUGGAAUGGGACGCUACGCGAUCUGCACCUCCAUCGGAGUCCCGCCCCGAAGCUUCCAACUUCCCCUCAGAGACAUAUACCUUCAGUGAGUCCAAGGAGCUUUUCCAAGCUCCUGUUGUCUACCCCGAACCACCCAAAGACAUGUGGUACGAAGUGCCGAAAACAAAACCCAAAGUAUCCGAAGAGCCUAAACCCAUAUUCCCAUGGGAGACGGAGCGCCCCAAGGCUAGGCCCACACGUGUGUUCGCGGAAGAUGCACCGCAGCCAAAACUCGAGCCACAGAUUACCCCAGAACCUCUUGCAGUUUCCCAGAAAGAAGAACCGAUCUCUCAAGCUUCCACUGCAACUACACCGCCAGAGGAUCCCUGGCAAUCCUUCGGUCAAAGCAAAAAUGCAUGGGACAGCGUUCCGGGCAUUGAACGCUACGUCCGCGCCGUGCUUGGUGCGCAAACGAAGAAGGCUAGGCCGAGUAGCCUGUCUCUCGAAAGCAUCUCGCAAUCUUCUGAUAUUUUGUCGCCCACCGGCGAAGGCGACAAGGGCAAGGAACGUCACGAGAGCUUAAUCUUGACAGACUUUCCUACUGCCGUCGAACGACCUAGCCUUCCGGUAACACCGGCCCCGAUUCGCCGGCCUACAUUUUGGGGAGAAGAGAAGAGUGAGAAGAGCCAGCUUCCGUCCGCCGAGGGCGUGCCGGAUCAGGCCGAAUGGGUAUGUCCCCACUGUGGUUAUUCUUCCAACGACGUUGAGUGUUUCCGCCGCGAACGUCGUCGUUCACCAUCUCCACUGCAGUCAGAGGUUUCGCGCCUCUCGGCUGCCAGCACUGCCGCGGACAGUGGUUUUCCCUUUACCUAUCCCGUUUCUGCUGUACAGAAAGCAGAGCUUCCUAUGCAUAUCACUCCUGUAGCUUAG